AUGUCCGCAAAGAUUACCGAACUAAUGAAAAAGCUCAACUGCACUGAGAAUCAGGCAAGGAAUGCGUUAAAGCUAUCCAGGGACGAUAUGGCUAUUGCCGAAACAAUUAUAAAGGAGUACAACUCGGACAAAAGAACUAGCUAUGUUGGUGGGAAUAGUGGGCAAAUUGUGGAGAUGCCAAAAUCUGGGUAUGCUGCAGAAUUUGAAAAGUUAAUGAAAGAAUCAAACAAGGCAGACUCAGACAAAACAGAAUCGGGUGAGCCUGUUGGAAAUCGGAAGCUUUCUAUUUACAAAAAUGGCUUCUUAAUAGAUGACAAGUUUACUCGCCUGUCUGACAAAGAAAUCAAGCGGGUCAUGGAUAAUAUCAUUAAAAAACAAGAAAUACCAAGUGAUUUAUUCAAUAUUAAGCAGAAUGACCUGGUAGAUGUAGAGAUCCAGGAUAAAUCAGAUGAAAUGUACAAAGAAGACUUUCCUGGAGUUUCUAGAACUAUAAACCUCUCAAUACCAAAGGAGGAUAAGUCUGUAAUUGAAUUAGGAACAGAUUCUGUUCUCUUUAAGUUAACAGUCGGAAACAAAAACAUUAUUGUUAAAAUGGGAGGGUGUACCACCUUCCAGCCGCUCCAGGAAUAUUUCAAGGAGAAGGGAUGUAAUGGAAAAUUAUCAUACGAUGGAAAAGAGGUUAGUUGGGAUGAAGACCCAACUAAAUAUAAAAGAGAACUGUUAAAACUCAUUGAAUAAAUCAAUUAGC